AUGGGGAACGUCAUGGAAGGGAAGACGGUGGAGGAGCUGAGCAGCACCGAGUGCCACCAGUGGUACAAGAAGUUCAUGACCGAGUGCCCAUCAGGCCAGCUCACACUCUAUGAGUUCAGACAAUUCUUUGGCUUGAAAAACCUGAGCCCCUCAGCUAGCCAGUAUGUGGAGCAGAUGUUUGAGACAUUCGACUUCAACAAGGAUGGUUACAUUGACUUCAUGGAGUACGUGGCUGCCCUGAGCCUGGUCUUGAAAGGGAAGGUGGAACAGAAGCUUCGCUGGUACUUUAAGCUAUAUGAUGUGGAUGGCAAUGGCUGCAUUGACCGAGGGGAGCUGCUCAACAUCAUCCGGGCCAUACGAGCCAUUAACCCUUGCAGCGAUUCAACCAUGAGUGCAGAGGAGUUCACGGACACAGUGUUUGCCAAGAUUGAUGUCAAUGGGGACGGUGAGUUGUCUUUGGAGGAAUUCAUGGAGGGUGUCCAGAAGGACGAGAUGCUGUUGGACACAUUGACCCGAAGCUUAGACCUUACCCACAUUGUUCGCAUGAUCCAGAAUGGUGGGCAGAACGUGGACCAAGGACAAGGCGGGGAUGGGGCGGCUGGGUGA